CGUCACCUGUGCCUCUCCUCCCUCGCCUAUCCAGUAUCCACUCGGCGGCCGUUGCGCAACCACCCAGCAGCCUCGCCUCAUUCGCGCUUCCGCCAUGAGAGCCGCCGCUUGCUUCUUCACCGCCGCCGUCUCCCUCUCCCUCCCCUCCACCCCGACCUCCACUUCGUGCCCACACCGCUGGCGGAGCCCUGCCUUCCUCCGCUGCUCCCCAACUCGCCGCCGAGGGCCGGUCCGGGCACUCGACGAGCGGCUGCUCGAGGCCGCGCCCGCGGAGGCGGAGGCUGAAGGUGUGGAGCCUGGUGUCUCCGAGGGAGAUGGCGGUGAGUACGGAGAAGGGGAUGAAGUGGGGGAGCGAGUGGAGGAGGAGCAGCGGCCGCCGCCGAGGGCCUUCGUGAAGAGCAGGCGGCAGCGGCAGGAGGAGGAGGAUGCGGCGGCGGGGCAAGACCGGUUCAAGCUCAUCAACGGAAAAGAGAUAUUUCAAGAGAAGGCUUAUCUGGUUGGGGUUGAGUGCAAGAGGACUGGAGGAAAUCUCUUUGGAACAGAGGAGUCCCUCAAGGAGCUGGAGCAGCUGGCUGAUACCGCUGGACUGUUGGUUGUCGGCUCGACCUAUCAGAAGCUUUCUAACCCAAAUCCAAGAACAUACAUUGGUUCGGGCAAGGUUUCUGAAAUCAGGAGUGCAAUUCAUGCCCUUGAUGUUGAGACUGUAAUUUUUGAUGAUGAGUUAUCCCCUGGACAACUACGUAACUUGGAGAAGUCAUUUGGUGGGGGCAUCCGAGUCUGUGACCGAACUGCUCUUAUUUUGGAUAUUUUUAAUCAAAGGGCAGCAACACAUGAAGCUGCUUUACAGGUCACCUUAGCACAGAUGGAAUAUCAGCUUCCGAGGUUGACAAAGAUGUGGAGUCACCUUGAACGGCAGGCAGGAGGUCAAGUUAAGGGUAUGGGUGAGAAGCAAAUUGAAGUUGACAAACGCAUCUUGAGAACUCAAAUAAGUACAUUGAGGAAAGAAUUGGAAUCUGUUCGAAAACAUCGAAAGCUGUAUCGCAACCGUCGCCAAUCAGUUCCAAUUCCUGUUGUUUCUCUGGUAGGGUAUACAAAUGCUGGGAAAAGUACACUCUUGAACCGCUUAACUGGAGCUGAUGUGCUUGCCGAGGAUAAAUUAUUUGCCACGUUAGACCCAACAACAAGGAGGGUUUUGAUGAAGAAUGGGACUGAGUUCCUUCUAACUGAUACCGUCGGAUUCAUUCAGAAGUUACCCACCAUGCUGGUAGCAGCAUUUAGAGCAACACUGGAGGAGAUAUCAGAGUCGUCAGUUAUAGUUCAUCUUGUGGAUAUCAGCCAUCCAUUAGCUCAACAACAAAUAGAUGCUGUUGACAAAGUAUUGAAGGAGUUGGAUGUAGAGUCAAUCCCCAAAUUAGUUGUGUGGAAUAAGAUUGACAAUACCGAUGAACCUUUGAGAGUGAAAGAAGAAGCUGAGAAACAAGGGAUAAUCUGCAUAUCAGCCAUGAAUGGUGAUGGCCUGGAAGAAUUCUGUAAUGCAAUCCAAGCGAAGUUGAAAGACUCACUGGUGCCAAUAGAAGCUUUUGUACCGUAUGACAAAGGAGAUCUCCUGAAUGACAUACAUAAGGUUGGAAUGGUUGAACAAACGGAGUACAAGGAAAAUGGGACAUUUGUAAAAGCGCAUGUGCCUCUACCUCUUGCGAGGCUUCUCACACCUCUGCGGCAGCAGGUGGUGGCUGCUCUCUGAUGUGCACGUCCUCCCCCUUGAUGCCAAUGGCACUCACAUAAUUUGCCCGUCUUGUACAAAAUUUAGCCAUAGAUCUUCACUCUUUUUUGAUCUGUGUAGUCAACACAUGUGCACCGAAUUAGAUAGCUGUAUAUAUCCCUAAAAAAACUGUAAAUAUUUUCGGCUAUUUUUUACCUUUUUAUUUCUGAUAAUCAUUGUCAACCUACAGGGCCCACGUAA